AACUGCGGUUUGACGUUUCACCGAGCAUCGCAUCUGUAGUGGUAGACAUUAUUCCAUUUUUUUAUUGGCUCGGCAUAAAAUUCCUGUCUCUAGUGCGUUUUAGUGAUAAAUCGUGGAAAUAUCGACAAAAAAUUGUAGCAAAUACAGUUUUCUGUUCAGAAACCAUUUUGUUGGUGUGUUAAAUUAGGAUUUUAGAUUUUACACAGAAAUAUGGCCGAUUUCAUCGAUUCCGAAGCCUCCGAAAGCGAUAAUUCAGAAAAUGAAGACUUGGAGCCUCAUGAGCGUAAAAAGCUGAAAAAAAUAAAAGCAAUGUCGGACAGUGAGGAAGACGAAGAGGAUGAUGAAGAUCGUAUGCGAGAAGAAUUAGAUGAUUUGAUCGAUGACAAUCCAAUCGAAGAAGACAGCGAUGGCGAAAAUUCGGAUGGAUCAAGACGUCAAAAACGCAAAAGUCGCAGUGACGACGAAUUAGAUGAUCGACUGGAAGACGAUGACUACGACUUGCUCGAAGAAAAUUUGGGCGUAAAAGUGCAACGAAAGAAACGGUUCAAGCGUCUGAAACGUAUGCAAAUCGAAGACAGCGACGACGAGGGUGAGGAUGAUAGUAACAAGGACCGUGAUAAUAUUGCCAACCAGUUGUUUGAUGGCGAUGAGGAUGAAGAAGGCAGACGAUCGGCACAAGAACAUCGCAUGGAAGUUGCAUACGAUGAGGAAGGCGAAGAUGAAGAAUCCGAUGCGGAUGAUUUUAUUGUCGAUGAUGACGGCCGACCAAUUACCGAGAAAAAGAAGAAGGCUCGUCGAAUUUUCAGCGAUGUCAAUCUGCAAGAGGGUCAAGAUAUUUUCGGUGUCGACUUUGAUUUCGAUGAAUUCGAGAAGUACGGCGACGAGUAUGAAUCCGAAUCGGAGGCUGAAGAUGAUUACGAAGACGAGGGUGCGGAUGGAGAACGUGAAAAACGGCCAAAGAAAGCUGCCAAAAAGAAAACCACCAAGAAAUCCAUUUUCGAAAUCUACGAACCGAGCGAAUUGAAACGUGGUCACUUCACCGACGUUGACAAUGAGAUUCGAAAAACGGACAUACCAGAGCGUAUUCAAUUGCGUGAUAUCCCAAUUUCGGCUGUACCAGAGAACUCAAACGAGUUAGAAGACGAAGCUGAAUGGAUAUACAAACAAGCGUUCACAAAGUCCACCGUUUCGAAUCGAUCAAGCGAUGAUUACUCUGAAACUAGUAAACCACCAAGUGCUAUCGGUAAAAUAAAGCAAGCGCUUGAUUUCAUGCGUAAUCAGCAGCUUGAAGUGCCCUUCAUUGCUUUCUAUCGGAAGGAAUACGUUCGGCCAGAGUUGGACAUAAAUGAUUUGUGGAAAGUGUACAAGUUCGAUUCAAAAUGGUGUCAGUUGCGUACACGUAAGAAGAAUUUGGCGUUAUUGUUUGAAAAGAUGCGAAACUAUCAGCUCGAUAAAUUGAUGGAUAAUCCAGACAAUGCGAUACCCGAUGAUGUUCGACUGAUCAAAGACGAUGACAUCGAUCGUUUGCACAUGGUGCAAACACCAGAAGAACUGAAAGAUGUCCACGCCCAUUUCCUACUUCAUUAUGCACAUGAAAUACCCGAAAUGCAACAGUCAUGGCGUCGCAAAGAGAAAGAGAAGCGCAAAUUGGAACGUGCUGAAGCGCGUCGAAAGCAACUUGAAAUGUUGGAAGAAGGUGCUGAACCGCCCGAAGAGAUACCCGAAGAAGACGAUGAAGAAGAUCAAGUCGAAGAAACGAUCAAAUCGGCCAGAGAUUCCGGUCCAUAUUCAAUGUGCCGCAAAGCUGGUAUCUUGGGAUUUGCCAAGCGAUUCGGUUUAACGCCUGAACAGUUUGCCGAAAAUUUACGCGAUAACUACCAGCGUCAUGAUGUCGAACAAGAAGCACUCGAAACGCAUGAAGUUGCCAAAGAAUAUGUCAGCAAACGGUUUCAAACCGUUGAUGAAAUUCUGCAUGCUGUAAAAUUCGUGGUCGCUCGCCAAAUCUCACGCGAACCAAUGCUACGCAAGAGUGUACGUGAAGUGUACUUCGAGCGUGCCAAAAUCUCAAUCGCACCAACGAAACAAGGCCAGAAAGAAAUCGACGAAAAUCAUGCGGUCUACGGCAUGAAGUACAUAAAAAACAAACCCGUCCGUGAAUUGAGUGGCGAUCAAUUUCUGAAAUUGUGCAUGGCCGAAGAGGAUAAAUUGAUUACAAUCACAAUAUCCGAAGCGAUCGAAGGAAACACGUCGUCUUCCUACUUGGAGGAGGUGAAGCAAUUUUAUCAACGUGACGAAUUCUCGAAAAACGUACAAGAAUGGAAUGCGUUGCGUUCGAGUUGUGUUGAAGAGGCAAUCACCAAAAUGGUGUUGCCUGACUUGAGAAAAGAACUGAGAUCAAUUUUACUGGCCGAGGCCAAAGAAUAUGUGUUAACCACCUGUGCUCAGCGAUUGUGCGAUUGGAUUAAACCAGCACCGUACACGGUCAACUUCCCAGAUGAGGAUGAUGACGAAUGGGAAACAGCGAAAGGUGUUCGUGUGAUGGGCAUUGCAUUUGAUGACGAUCCAUCGCAAGCCGCAUUCGCCGCAAUAAUCAGCCCCGAUGGCGAAGUGACUGAUUACCUACGUUUACCAAAAUUCACAUCAAGACGUGGCAAAUUCGUACCAGACGAAAAAGAGCCAGACACAUCGGCAAUGCUGAAUUUCCUGCGGAACAAAAAACCUCAUGUCAUUGUCGUCGGCGGCGAAUCGAUGAAAUCACUCAAAGUGCAACGUGAUUUACAAGAGGCGAUCAAAUAUCUGGUUGAUGAAGAUCAAUUCCCAGAAGUAUCUGUUGAAAUUAUCAACAAUGACCUGGCAAAAGUCUAUGCUAAUUCGAAGAAAGGUAAUGCCGACUUCCGUGAAUACCCAAUCAUCCUGCGUCAAGCCAUCUCAAUAGCUCGACGACUUCAAGAUCCACUCGUCGAAUAUUCACAGCUGUGCACAACUGAUGAGGAAAUUUUGUGCUUGCGCUAUCACCCACUGCAAGAUCAAUUGCUGAAGGAGGACCUAAUGGAUGCGCUCAAUUUGGAAUUUGUCAAUCGAACCAAUGAAGUUGGGGUCGAUAUGAAUUUGGCGGUGCAAAAUUCCUUGACCAUGAAUUUGGUGCAGUUCAUUUGCGGUUUGGGUCCGCGUAAAGGUCAAGCACUGCUGAAAAUCUUAAAGCAAACCAAUCAACGGCUUGAAAAUCGAACACAAUUAGUUACACAUUGUCACAUGGGCCCAAAAGUGUUCAUCAAUUGUUCGGGUUUCAUAAAAAUCGAUACGAAUUCGUUGGGUGAUAGUACCGAAACAUAUGUCGAAGUGUUGGAUGGUUCAAGAGUGCAUCCGGAAACAUAUGAAUGGGCACGAAAAAUGGCCGUCGAUGCAUUGGAAUAUGAUGAUGAUGAAACCAAUCCGGCCGGUGCAUUAGAGGAAAUUCUUGAAUCGCCGGAACGUUUAAAAGACUUGGAUUUGGAUGCGUUCGCCGUUGAACUUGAACGGCAAGGUUUCGGUAACAAGAGCAUCACUUUAUACGACAUUAGAAACGAAUUAAAUUCACGGUACAAAGAUCUUCGACCGCCCUACAAACCGCUCAGUCGCGAAGAAAUGUUUGAAGUGCUGACAAAAGAAACGCGAAACACAUUCUAUGUGGGCAAAUUGGUGUUGGCCAAAGUGAUUGGUGUGGUGCACCGCAAACCGCAAGGCGAACAACUCGACAAUGCCGAUCCAGAGAAGAAUGCCGAAACUGGACUGUGGCAGUGUCCAUUCUGUUUGAAAAAUGACUUCCCCGAACUGGCCGAGGUGUGGAAUCAUUUUGAUGCCGGCGCUUGUCCUGGUCAAGCAUCUGGCAUUAGGAUUGUACUUGAAAAUGGCCUCACUGGUUUUAUUCAUUUGAAAAAUAUGUCCGACAAACAUGUGAAACAUCCCGAGGAACGGGUACACAUUGGCCAAGCAAUUCAUUGUAGGAUAACCAAAAUUGAUUAUGAACGUUUUAGUGUCGAUUGUUCGUCAAAAAGCUCGGAUUUGUUGGAUCGCAACAAUGAAUGGCGGCCGAAGAAAGACACUUACUACGAUCACGAACAAGAAGAAAAGGAAAUGCGAAAGGAAGAUGAGAGCAAAAAACAAACAGCUCGUCAACAGUACACGAAACGUAUCAUUGUGCAUCCGGCAUUCCAUAAUAAAUCGUAUGCGGAAGCGAUUAAAAUUAUGGCCACCAUGGAUCAAGGUGAAGUUAUUAUUCGACCAUCAAGUAAGGGUUCGGAUCAUUUGACGGUGACAUGGAAAGUGGCCAACGAUAUUUAUCAACACAUCGAUGUUCGCGAAGAGGGCAAAGAGAAUGUGUUUAGCUUGGGCUCAUCACUUUGGAUUGGCAACGAUGAAUUCGAAGACUUGGACGAAAUUAUCGCUCGUCACGUAACACCAAUGGCACAGUAUGCUCGAGAUUUACUCGGUUACAAGUACUAUUACGAUGCAGCCGGCGGCAUGAAGGACAAAAUGGAGGAGAAAUUGAAGGAGGAAAAGAAGAAAAAUGCGAACAAAAUUCACUAUUUCUUAUCAGCAUCGAAGAAUUAUCCGGGAAAAUUCCUGCUCUCAUAUUUGCCACGCGGUAAAAUCCGUCAUGAAUACGUUUCGGUGACACCCGAUGGUUUUCGAUUCCGUCAACAAACAUUCGAAUCGUUGAACUCACUACUCAAAUGGUUCAAAGAACAUUUCAAAGAUCCAAUUCCAACGGCAACGCCAUCAAUUACACCGCGCGGUUCGGUCGCAAGCAGUACCCGUAGCUCGUUUGCCACACCAAAUAUUACGCAGACCAGCUAUGCUAGUGAAGCAAUCAAUAAGGUUGCACGUAAUUUACCAUCGCAUAUGUUACAUUCCCUGAGUCAAGUGGCAAAUAAAACACCACACUAUCCACAUACUCCUGGCGCUUACGGUGGACAAUCAUCGUACGUAAAUACUCCGUACACACCAAGUGGUCAAACACCGUUUAUGACCCCGUAUCAAACUCCACAUCAUGCAGCGCAAACGCCAAGAUACGGUCAAUCAACGCCAAGUGCGGUGUUUGCACAUCCAAAACCACCCGCACAAAAUCGACCGAGAUCGAAUCAGUAUCAAGGAAAUCACUCGAGCUCACAGAAUCAACAAUAUGCGGGUGGAAAUCGGCCACGCAAUUCGCAUCGCUCUUCACCUCACGUGCCUAGUCCUCGGAACCGAUACACACCGACACAAGGAUCGCACAGCAGCCGGUCACACCAUCAAAGCCAAUCGUAUUCGAAACCAAGCGCAAGCAACGGUGACGACGAUUGGGACAAUGAUUGGGAUGGUACACCAACGCAAAGGACUACACCAAAACAAAACAACAAAUCUUCGUAUUCGGCCGAAGAUGACUGGGAUGAAGCAUCGGCCAGUUGGGAAGCUCAAGUUGCAUCGAAAUCGAAUACCCCACGUUUCGAUGAUAAGAGCAAACAAACGCAGUAUCAAAGUGGCAAGAGUCCACGUUCCGUUCGAAGUACGCCGCGCACCGAUACCUCGCCCCGAUCAAUGACUCUCGGCGAUGCAACGCCACUGUAUGACGAAAAUAUUUAAACUCAUUCAAUGCAGCAACAACCUCAUUAUCUAAAACAGAAAAACAAUUAGGUUAAUUUAUAAUGGAAUCAUCGCCAAUUGCUUAUUUAUUCCAAUUGCUAUGAAUUGCUUUGUUGUAAAUCACUCCAAACAGCAGAAGAAGCAAGGAAACAAAAACAAAAUAUUUGAUUGACGAACGAAUAUUUUCUUAUUUCGGUAAUAAAAACAAAACAAUUGAAUGAAAAUUCAGUGGAUUUUUUUAAAAA